UCCUCCCGGUUUCGCACAAACUUUCCAUCUAGGCCGAAAACCCUCGCUUAAGUCACUCCCCUACUGGUUUCGCCCAAAAUCAUUGCCUCCGUGAACAAACCUUCGCGAUACAGUCGCCAUUAGAGCUAGGAAACGAGGGGAUCGCGGUUUACAGACACCGCCGAAACUCCCAUCUUAUUCAUCCCUCUUCUCCGCUCCUACCAGAAACCAUUGAGGAAGAUUAUACUAAACAUGCCAGCGCCUGAAAGUUUUCCAUUUUGAUUGAAACAUACAGUAUCUGUUGUAUAAAGUGAUGUGGAUAUUUGGACAUUGACAGAAAUUAGAAUCUUCCUAAAAAGUUUGUUACAAUCACAUUUGCCAAAGCAUUUUGUUUGAUUGGGAUUUAAGUACUUUACAAGUAUUUUUUUCCUACCUGCGCACACACUCGAACACACGCGCCCCGCAUAUGCAAGAUCUUGAACCUAGGACCUCUUGGUUGAAAGUCAAAGCUCUCAACCACUAGGCUAAGGUGGCUUGCAAAUGUUGACGUUCAGGAUAUUCAGCUCAGGGAUCAUUCCUUUCAAGGUGAGGCCUUCUUCUGUAAUUGGAGCAUCGGGAAACAAUAGAAGCCAUCAAUAUAGUCAUAGUGCUCCUGUGAUGGCUGAUAACGAACUUGGAAACUUACCUAAUAGCAAUUCAAAAGAUUUUCCUCCAAGAACCUUUGAAGUUGUCGUUGCUGCUACUAGAAAAAUGGGUAUAGGAAAGGAUGGUAAGUUACCAUGGAAGCUUCCAUCUGAUCUCAAGUUUUUUAAGGAGCUCACGAUGGGCACAUCAGAUCCUGCAAAAAAGAAUGCAGUGAUUAUGGGUAGGAGGACGUGGGAGAGUAUUCCUAUCCAAAAUAGACCUUUGCCAGGUCGUUUGAAUGUCGUACUGACUCGUUCAGGAAGCUUUGAUAUUGCCACUGUAGAGAAUGUUGUUAUUUGCAGUAGCAUGAACUCGGCCUUAGAUCUGCUAGCAUCCUUUCCUUACUGUUUCUCUGUUGAGAAAGUGUUUGUGAUAGGUGGCGGCCAGAUACUGAGGGAUGUGCUUAAUUCAUCUAGAUGUGAUGCCAUCCAUUUCACAGACAUAGAAGCAAGUAUUGAAUGUGAUACAUUCAUCCCAGAAAUUGAUGGUUCGGCGUUUCGGCCUUGGUUUUCAUCUUUUCCAUCAGUAGAGAGCAACAUUAGAUAUUCUUUUGUGACAUAUGUACGUGUGAUGCGUCCGUCUGGUGAAUACCAGGCUCAGGAAAAUGGCCAAGCAACUAAUGGUGAUUCACGUAAGGAUAAGUUUAAAAUCCAGAAAUUCUCUUUUCUUCCUAAAAUGAUAUUUGAACGGCAUGAGGAGUACGCUUAUCUUAGGCUUGUGGAAGAUAUCAUAUCUCAUGGUGCUAUAAAGAGUGAUCGGACGGGAACGGGGACGCUUUCAAAGUUUGGUUGUCAGGCAAUGCGAUUCAAUUUGAGGAGAUCUUUUCCACUUCUUACCACCAAGAGAGUAUUUUGGCGAGGCGUUGUUGAAGAAUUAUUAUGGUUUAUAAGUGGCUCAACAAAUGCCAAGGUACUGCAAGAAAAGGGAAUACACAUAUGGGAUGGGAAUGCAUCUAGAGAUUAUCUCGAUAGGGUUGGUCUACAUCAUAGGGAAGAAGGUGACUUAGGACCUGUCUAUGGCUUUCAGUGGAGGCAUUUUGGUGCUGAAUAUGUUGACAUGCUUACUGAUUAUACUGGAAAAGGGUUUGACCAGUUGUUAGAUAUCAUUGAUAUGUUAAAGAAAGAUCCAGAUAAUCGGCGAUGUAUUCUUUCAGCAUGGAAUCCUUGUGAUCUAAAAAAUAUGGCUCUUCCACCUUGUCACAUUUUAUCACAGUUUUAUGUGGAGAAUGGAGAACUUUCAUGUCAAAUGUACCAGCGUUCUGCAGAUAUGGGUCUUGGUGUACCAUUCAACAUUGCUUCAUAUUCACUUCUGACAUGUAUGAUUGCUCAAGUUUGUGAUCUUGUUCCUGGGGAUUUUAUUCAUGUCAUUGGUGAUGCUCAUGUAUACAAGACUCAUGUUAGGCCAUUGCAAGAGCAGCUUCGGAGGCAACCUAAACCAUUUCCGAUUCUGAAGAUAAAUCCUGAGAAGAAGGAUAUUGAUUCCUUCACUGCAUCUGAUUUCACUCUUGUUGGUUACGAUCCUCAUCAGAAGAUAGAGAUGGAAAUGGCUGUGUAGAGCCCUCUCAUUAAAACGAAUGCACGAGGGUAUUCAGCAGAGUUAGUUAUCCUUCAGGGGAAGCAGAGAAUAUUAACAAUGCUUCACCGUGUGCUUCAUCAGCAUUUCAUAAGUAGAUUAUUAUGAUGAAUGCACUUUUGUUUUUUCUUUAUUUAUAGUUUGGCUGCCAGCGAGUUUCAUGCUGCCUUGUUAUGUUGCUUUGUUGUGGGAUUUUAAAAAUUAAGAGAAUUUCGCCUGCCUCUCCUAUAUUCGUCGUGGAAUCAAUUAAUAGGGGAUCAUGAAAGAGAGAGGCAGUUUAUUUUUCUGAAUUUAAUUCCUGUGAGACUUUGUUAAUUAUUUCAAUAAUGGGCAUAGAUCUUGU